UUCCAGCAUUACUUCUUUGAUUCUGUCUAGCAGCACAAUUGAACAGCACACGGUCCAGCUAUCUUACUUCCAGAAUGGCAUCCAGCAAAAUAUGCUUCCAGUUUGCGAAUAAGGGGAGAUGUGAUUUCAAGAACUGCAAAUACGAGCCUUGUGCCAGCCAGCCACGAAGUCAAGGCCAAGGGAGAAGUACAAAGCCGGGGAAAGAUCAUUCUACUACCAGAAGCCGCAGUGAUUUGGAUCUGUGGACAAAUAAAGCAUACCAGGGCCGGACUGGACGAUCCUUGGGCCGGGAACUGGGGCUGUUUUUCCAACAGGGCAGACAGCUCAUCGAAACUACCGACGGUGCUCUCCAAGAAGUUAUCCAAAGCUUGUCCUCCGAAGGGGGCCUGAGGAGAAUUCAGGAGCUGAUCCAAAGAGAUUACGUCGAACUUUCAGACCCUAGGAAGCGUGAUCUGUUCAAGAACAGCGUUCUCCCCUUUCUUGAGCUCGUUACCCAUCGCGACGUCCUCGCCUCGCUGGUUGUGGAAAAUAACGUGGUCACAAUCUACAACUGUAUCUGGGGCCCCGUGGGCCGCAGAGGAGAACCUUUCCUUCACUUUCUUGCAGACUCUGUGCAACAGUAUACACAAUCCGACGCCGAAGUCGCUUGUUGGUACCUUGAAAUAUGUCUCCAACUUUUCGUCCAGGUGAUUGAACUCAACUCCACCGCAUUUGUCCACGAGCCCUUGAAACCAAUUGCGGUGAGAUUCGAGGGCUUCUUUUUGGAGCUUCAAGCUCUGGAGAUAAAGGGGCAGCUUGAAGCCUCCAGAGUCUACCUCGGAAAGCUGCAACGACGUCUUGACAUUGCAACAUCUCUGCCAGCUUUACCUCCAGCGACAAAGCCUGCGUUAAUAAACGGAGUUCCAGCAGCGUUUCAUACGGAAAAGCGCCCUCCUGGUGGCCGCCACGAUAACGACCAUGCGGGGAUUUGUCAGAUCCAGAUUAUGCCUACAUACGGGGAGAUCUUGUGUUCACAAUCGGAGUAUCUCCCUGUAAAAGACCCAGCCCAGUGGCAUAUUGGCGGUUUGGCUGGACUGAUCGAUCGGAAUUUCCGUCUACUGCGCGAGGACACAAUUGGUCAACUUAGGGAUGUCAUACAUACCGAGUUGAAAUCUGGUGGUCGUAAGGGCUCACAAAAAAGCCAGCUAAGGGCCAACGUGUAUCAAAGAGUCCAGGUGCGGGCGCUCGCCUUCGACCGAUUUUCCGGGCUUCAGUUCUUAGUUCAGUUUGAACAGCCUUCAAAUAUCAAGAGCAUGAAAAAGCUCCAGAAGAAGGAAUGGUGGGAAUUAUCAAAGAGGCUUCAAUCAAGUGCUCUUGUUUGUUUAACUGAUCCGCAGGGCUAUGCCAUAUUCUGCACCGUAUCAGAUAUCCGUGAUAGAUCAAAACGAAAGCCCAAUUCAGAUACAAAGCCAAGGGAGAAACCGACCGGAUCACUUUGGGAGGAUUCAAGUCUAGCUUCGGUUUGCCUAGAGUUGGUGGAACCGACUGAACAGAACCGACAAUAUAUUCUCAAUUGUCAGUCAGGAAAGAGUGCUCAAUCCAUUUCGCUCGUGGAAUUUCCGGGGGUGCUUCUGCCGUCUUUCCAGUCCACCUUACUCGCACUCCAGAAAAUGCAGAAAGCUUCUGAUCUUCCCAUGUCUGAAUUCAUCGUUCCCCUAGGUGCAGGCUCCUCUGGUGGCGUGGCUGAUGUGCCUCCCCCCGCGUACACAUUAGCGCCAGGGUUCAGUUUCGACCUACGUUGUGUCAUGGAUCAUGGUUCAAGCCUGGAAAUCAAAGCGUCCCAACCUGUCGAUAUAGAAAUGUUACAGAGGCACUCAAGCUUGGAUAAUGCCCAAGCACUUGCGCUUGUUCGCGCCCUGCAGAGGCGGGUAGCAUUGAUUCAAGGGCCUCCAGGCACAGGGAAAAGUUAUACCGGUGUAGCCCUGAUCAGAGUCCUGCUUGCGAACAAAAGGAAAUUGAAAAAAGCAGGCCUGGGCCCGAUUAUUUGCGUUUGCUAUACCAAUCAUGCGCUCGACCAGCUUUUGGAGGAUCUGCUUGAAAACAACAUCACAUCUCAAAUCAUUCGAAUCGGAUCCCAAUCAAAAUCAGAAGUCUUGCAGCCCUUGAAUCUCCGGACAGUGAAUCGACAGGUGGACAGAACCAAAGUAGAAAGAAGCGAACAAUACCGGCUGGGAAGAAAAUUGGACGAAAUUGAAGACAACUUCAACUCCCUCAAACUGAACACCCAAUGUUCCGACAGGGAGCUGGAGAAAUAUUUACAAGAAUACCAUCGAUAUCACUACCAACUCCUUUUUGGCACAGACGAAGACGGCUACAUAAAGCAGGGUAAUGCCCAAUCGAUUAUCCAGUCAUGGCUAAAAAUGGGACAAAAAACCGGGGAUAUGCCACGUAGCCACGAUACGCUGGUACAGGUGCCUGUUUACGACAUGACACACACGGAACGCAGAAUACUCUACAACCAUUGGAUUGACGAGAGAAGGAAAGAACUUCACAUGGAGGCAUUGUCUCUGUUAGACUCACAUCAGCAAACCAAAUCAUCCUUUGACUGUGUCAGCGAGGAGCUCUCUCUGCGAUGUCUGCGCAGUGCAGAUGUCAUCGGAGUAACGACAACGGGCUUAGCCCGUAAUCUGAAUAUGCUGCGUUGCCUCCAGUCCAAAGUGGUGAUAUGUGAAGAAGCGGGCGAGGUGCUCGAGCCUCAUUUGCUCACAUCACUACUGCCAUCUACGGAACAUUUGAUCCUGAUCGGUGACCAUCAACAACUACGCCCCCAAAUCCAAAACUAUUCAACCCUCUCACGGGAGAGUCAACAGGGCCAGCAAUACUCCUUGGACCUUUCUUUGUUCGAAAGACUUGUUGAGCCAGAGCACAGUACCGGUAUGCGGAUUCCAUUUUGCACCCUCGAAACGCAACGGCGCAUGCAUCCGUCAAUUUCCCAGCUCGUUCGAGACACCUUAUAUCCCCGAUUACAAGAUGACCCAUCGGUAUUGGCAUACCCAGAGGUAAGUGGAAUGAGGAAAAGGCUGUUUUGGCUAGACCAUCGACAGCUUGAAGGAGGCACAUCUAAGGAUGAUGCAAUGGCAACAUCUCACUGGAAUGAUUACGAGAUCGAAAUGACCAUCGGUCUCGUCAGUCACCUUGUCAAACAGGGAACCUAUCAGGCUGGUGAUGUCGCUAUUCUUACCCCGUAUCUGGGGCAAUUGCAUCGCAUGCGACGUCAACUAAGCCAGUCUUUCACUAUUACCCUUGGCGAGAGAGACCAGGAUGAUCUUGAGAAAGCCGGGUUUACUGAGGAAAACGUCGCUGCAACAAGACCACAAGUGACAAAGUCUACCCUCCUUCAAUCUUUGCGAGUUGCAACGGUGGACAAUUUUCAAGGCGAAGAAGCUAAAGUAGUUGUGAUCUCGCUCGUUAGAAGCAAUAGCCAAAACCGCUGUGGCUUCCUCCGCACUGAAAAUCGGAUCAAUGUCCUGCUAUCGCGGGCUAUGCAUGGUAUGUAUAUUAUUGGAAAUUCGGAGACUGCACGAAAAGGAGUCGAAAUGUGGAGAAAGGUUGUCAAUAUUUUGGAAAAGGAUGGCAAUUUUGGUCCUACCUUGGAUCUCAGAUGUCCGCGCCACCCCGACACCGCUAUUGCGGUAUCUAAGCCCGGGGACUUCGAGCUCUUCUCGCCGGAGGGAGGUUGCAGCCUUAUGUGUGGCAAGCGGCUUCAGUGCGGUCAUCCAUGCAAGCAGAAAUGCCAUUCAGACCUACUCCACGGAGCAGUUCACUGUCUUGAACCCUGCCCUCGACCACAAAAGGGAUGUUCACACCCAUGUCCUAAGCCUUGUGGAGAUCGAUGCCCUAUCAAGUGUACAGCCACCGUGAUUGAUCCUAAUCGAGUUCUUGCUUGCGGGCAUUCUAGUCCCAGUCUUCCUUGCUGGCAGGCGCAAGAUCUCAGCACCGUGAAAUGCAUGGUACUUGUGGAAAAGGAUGUGACUCUCUGCAACCAUAGGGUCACAGUUCCCUGUCACAUUGAUGUUCAAAGCGUGAAUUAUAUGUGCCAGAGCCUUUGUCGGAAGGUUUUGACCUGCGGCCAUACUUGCAAGCGGCAAUGUCUGGCCUGCAUAACACGCACUUCGGAAACCGUCGUCAACGUUGACCAUGGCAGCUGUGGACAGAAGUGUGGUCGUAAAUAUAACACAUGCGCGCACGCCUGUGUUGAUAAGUGUCAUGGUGAUAACCCUUGUCCGCCCUGUCAGUCUGCCUGCGAUGUGCAGUGUGGCCACUCCAAAUGCUCUCAGAAGUGCUCCGACCCAUGCCCUCCAUGCGCAGUGCCUGAAUGCCUCUCUGCUUGUGCCCACAGUGCAUGUUCCAUGCCGUGUGCUGCUCCAUGUGAUCAUGUACCGUGUUCCCUACGUUGCACAAAGACUUUGGUCUGUGGACACCAAUGCCCAUCUAUUUGCGGAGAGCUUUGCCCAGACCAGAGAUUUUGUCAAGCUUGUGGGGAGGAUGAGAUCAAGGAAACUCCGGUUGAUUUCAUCCUAGGCCAGUCUUACGGAGAGAUUGAUCUAAAUGACAACCCAUGCAUAUUUCCGCCAUGUGGGCACUUUUUGACGAUGGAAAGUAUGGACGCGCAGAUGGACAUCAAAAAGCAUUACAUCACGGAUGAGCAAGAGCGACCUGUCGCCAUCGCGGCCUCCUCGGAGCCGUUUUCGAUCACUGAUAUUCGAAGCUGCGCUACUUGCCGAGGGUCCUUGAGAAGUAUCUCACGGUACGGAAGACUUGUGAGGCGUGCUUUGCUAGACGAGUCUACGAAAAAGUUCAUCUUGUAUCUGAACCGACAGUACAUACCAUUGGCUCAGGAGUUAACGAAGCUUGUAGCUCAUAUCCAUGGGCUUGAAACAUCUACAGUGCUGAAGAUAUUUGGGGAUGGUGUCACCGUCACAGUUGAAGGGCCUCCGGAUCACCAGGUGAAGCUGAUGAACAACUAUGUCAAAACAGGGGACCCAAGACGGUGGAGAGAUCUGCUGCGUUUGAGACAGCAAUUGGUUGAAUAUCGCAACAAGGUGAAGAUAGAAGAACAACCAUUUAGCCAAGUCCGCAAUAUGGUGGAGGAUGCCCGAAGACGGAAACAGCAAGUAAGAUCGGAUUUCGACUUCGACGAGAGCGUGCUUCAAACCAAGGGCCUCACUCAAGCAACCGCCCUUCUUCUGCGACUGGAUAACUCGCUUCUCGCGGACUUUCUUUCUCUGCGGUCUCGCGAGGACUCUCGAGUUUGCAAUAGCCAACUGUUCGUGAAUCUUGAGGUCAACAGGAAACAGGCUCGCAACCUUAUCCAAAUGGCGGCCGCUGCACAAAGCGUGCUACCCCAGGUCGAGGGAUACUUAUUCCUCGCUCAACUGUACGCCUUGGAGCAAAGACGAAGCCAGGAUGCGACUCAAUCAGAGACUCUAUUGACAGAAGGCAACAAAGCCCUACAAGCCGCUAAAGAUCUUGUGGCACUCCAUCCUCAGCAAACCCGCGGUAUCCAAGAAGAGAUUCAAGGUACGGAAAAGAUGCUGCGUGGAUCAACCUUCUACACUCCUGUCAGCAACGAGGAGCGUAUGGCGGUGGUAGCGGCCAUGGCACGUGAAUUUCGGGGCACUGGACACUGGUAUUAUUGCGUCAACGGCCACCCUUUUACCAUUGGCGAAUGUGGAGGUGCUAUGCAGCUAUCCACAUGCCCUGAGUGUGGCUCACCUGUUGGGGGUCAAAGCCAUCGGACAACGGAUGGAGUAACCCGAGCGACUGAUCUAGAGGAGGGACUGAGGUCUUUGAACAUUUGAAAUUGAGAUAAUCGAGGAAUAGUCUGUCAAUAUCGGAUUUACCAGCUCAACUGUCUUGGUGAAUACCGGCCGAGUCUAGGGAAACACUCGCAUGCCAACAGACGGAAACCACAACCGUUACCACUAGACACCCCAGUCAGUCCAUCUCAUCACGUAAUGUUAAAAGUAUAACCUUACAAUUGAGUUAUACUCUGAGAGCGGAACAAGUAGAAUUCCCUGUAGGUAGAGU